AUGAAUUCAUUGGUAUCUGGACCUUGUUUUCCGUUUGAAUUUUUGCAUGCUGAAAUAAUACAAUAUGAAAAACAACGAGAGGCGGAACAAAUAGAGAAACGAAAGAAUUGGAUUGAGCAAAUGCGGGACAAUCCGCAAGUGGAAGUGUCAUUACUGGAUGAACAAUUGAAGUCGGUGAAACAAGUCUUCAUUCAGGGAAAUGCUGAGACACGUUUGGAAGCUCUUGGGUAUCGCGUUGGUUUCGUGCUUGUUGAAAAAAUUGCUAAAGAUUUACCUAGGAUGAUCACUGAAUUGGAAAAGAUGAAAUUUCUUUGCAAAGAAUUUUGGACUGCUGUAUUUGGCAGACAGGUGGACAAUUUGCGUACUAAUCACCAGGGAGUUUACGUUGUACAGGACAACAAAUUUUUCAUCUUAAAUUUUGCGGAAGGGAAACAACAUGUGGAAAAAUGUGCUAUCUAUUUAGCUUUUCCAUGUGGUAUUGUAAGAGGUGCACUAUAUAAUCUUGGUAUCACUACGUUAGUUACAUCAUCGGUGGAAAAUAUGCCAGCUGUGAAAUUUCAUGUACAUAUGCAACAGAAGAGUUAA